GGGAAGAUGGCGGCGCCGUGGUGGCGUGCCGCGUUGUUCGCGAGUGGCAGAUGCCGGGGCUUCAGCACCUCGGCUGCCCGCAGCCGCCGGACACCCCCUCUCGGGCCUAUGCCCAACGAGGACAUCGACGUGAGCAACCUGGAGAGGCUGGAGAAGUACCGCAGCUUCGAUCGGUACCGCCGCCGGGCGGAGCAGGAGGCGCGGGCCCCGCACUGGUGGCGGACCUACCGCGAGCACUUCGUGGAGGAGACAGAUCCUAAAGACAAAAUUGACAUUGGAUUGCCCCCAUCGAGGGUCAUUCGGACCCAACAGCUACAGGAGCGGAAACAGUUUAUCCGGGAGCUUCGAGCCAACAUGGAAGAAGAGCGGGCAGCCCGACUUCGCACUGCCAGCAUCCCACUGGACGCAGUGCGGGCAGAGUGGGAAAGGACCAGUGGUCCCUACCACAAGCAGCGUCUCGCCGAGUAUUAUGGCCUCUACCAAGACCUGUUCCACGGUGCCACUUUUGUGCCCAGGGUCCCCCUUCACGUGGCCUACGCUGUGGGAGAAGAGGACCUGGUCCCAGUGUAUCAUGGGAAUGAAGUGACUCCAACUGAGGCUUCCCAGGCCCCAGAGGUGACCUAUGAGGCAGACCAGGACUCCUUGUGGACACUACUACUUACCAACUUGGAUGGACACCUGCUGGAGCCAGAUGCCGAGUAUGUUCAUUGGCUGCUGACCAACAUCCCAAGCAACAGGGUUACUGAAGGCCAGGAGACAUGUCCCUACCUCCCCCCCUUCCCUGCUCGAGGCUCUGGCUUCCACCGCUUUGCCUUCUUGCUCUUCAAGCAGGACAAGCCAAUCGACUUCUCUGAGGACACCCGUCCCUCACCCUGCUACCAGCUGGCCCAUCGGACCUUCCGCACUUUUGAUUUCUACAAGAAACACCAGGAAGCCAUGACUCCAGCUGGCCUAGCCUUCUUCCAGUGCCGCUGGGAUGACUCAGUUACCCACACCUUCCAUAAGCUUUUAGACAUGCGAGAACCUGUGUUUGAAUUUGUGCGGCCACCCCCUUACCACCCCAAACAGAAGCGCUUCCCUCACCAGCAGCCCCUACGCUAUCUGGACCGAUACAGGGAUAGUCAUGAGCCCACUUAUGGCAUCUACUGAGAGGCACAAGUCAUUCAGCUCAGAGGGUGACCUGGC